UCCGCUCCCCGUUAAGCCGCUUAGCAAUAAGUAAACAACGGACAAGUCGGUGACAGCGGCUGUUUCCCCCUCGCUGCUUCUCGGUGACAGUCGACGCUCAGCGGACGUCGGUCGGACAGGAAGGUCUGUUUAUUGUCUUCUGCGUGCGAACACCCGAACAGCAGCCAAAAUGUUCACAGACAAAAUGAUGGUCUCUCCGUGGGACCGCUGGUACUCCACGAGCUGCUGCCUGUGCUGCCAUGUCCGCACCGGAACCAUCAUCCUGGGGGUCUGGUACAUGCUCAUCAAUGCAGUGGUGUUACUCAUACUGCUCACAGCCCUCAGUGAUCCCGAGAAGUACCACCUGACCAGUGCUGAGUUGGCUAAUGACCUGGAUGUCAUGGAUGAUGCCAACAUGUGCAUUGCCUCCGCGAUCUCUUUGCUGAUGAUACUCAUAUGUGGAAUGGCAACGUACGGCGCUUACAAGCUGCGAGCGGCCUGGAUCAUUCCUUUUUUCUGCUACCAACUUUUUGACUUUGCUCUCAACACCCUGGUGGCUGUCAGCAUUGUGGUUUACCCAAACACGAUACAGGAUUACCUGCAGCAGCUGCCUGAUAAUUUCCCCUACAAAGAGGAGGUUGCAGCUCUCAGCAACGUGUGCCUGGCGUUCAUCGUUCUGCUCUUCAUUGGCUGCAUUCUUGGCUUCAAGGCGUAUCUGAUAGCAUGUGUGUGGAACUGCUACAGAUAUGUGAAUGGAAGGGGUGGUUCUGAAAUCUUGCUCUACGUUACAACCAACGACACCACGGUGCUGAUUCCUCCAUACGACGACAACGUCAGCGUUCCUCCCAAACAGGCACCGCCACCCUGUGCUGCCGCCACAGCGUGAGCACAGUCCAGAGGAUCCCGCUGAUUAGACCCCACUGCUCAUAUGACCCCAGCAAAACGAUAUGCGCCACACUGCCUGUCCAGUGUACAAUAUAUUGAUGGAUAUAUUGUAGCUACACACACUUUACACUGAAACAUUAUGCACACAAAAGCAUUCAGGAUACACAUACACACACCACCACCGUGACUUCUCAUUAUUACAGAUUAUCCCAUAUUUCCUUACAUUUAUAUAUAUAUAUAAAUGUGUGUGUGUGUGUGUGUAUUUGUGCAUAUAUACACUCUGUCUCUUUUAGUAUAUUCCAGAAAUGAUGUGCAUUGUUAUGCAUUUGAAUCUGGGUGAAAGUAAAUAUUAAAGCACUAGAAUUUUCCAUAGAUUAUCUAUAUUUUUAUCAAUUCUAUUUAUCUUGUCUGUGUAAAUUAAAAGUAUUUUGUGAGUCCCAGCCUAAACAAAAAUGUGUAUCUUAUGCAUAAAUGCAACGAUGAAUAGCUAUUUGGCCACGGUAGCAAACUGUGGCAGCAUAAGUGAGGAGUCAUCGUGUGUUAACGUUCAGUUUUUUGUCUCCGCUCACGAUCAGGGUUGGAUUGCCUUCAUUCAAAACGUUCUCUCUACAGGGAUGCACUUUUUAGGCGGAUGUAUGAAGUGUAACCUAGACUGAAAGUUUCCCAAAGAGAAGCAUCUGCCUGUAUUCUGACAUGAUCAAAGAGCAACCUAGUGUAUAUCAAACAUAUCACGUAUAUCACUCAACAAGAACACAGAAUUGUCUGGAGUGUUGAGUUGUCCUGGCAGACUUUUAAAUGUAACUGUGUGUUUCUACUGAUUAACGAGAAAUGUCUCGGGCUGCUAUUUAUCUAUUAUGACAAAACUGAUCUGGAAUAUUUUGUUUUCUUUGAAGUAACUUAAAGAGUGGGUUGCUUGAGGGGAACAUUGAGCUCAAUGAAUAUGGACCUUGGUUGUGUUUUUUCAAUUAGGCCAAUGGGAGCUUUUUGCUCUUUGUAAACAUUACAUAAGUCUGUUCUACCAGAUGUAGUUAUUGGCAAAGUGCUCACCGGACACAGAUUGUCCUGCAAGGACACAAAAGUCAAACUUGAAGACCACUGCUGUAUGGAAAAUAAAGAUGUGACAUUUAUUUGUCUAUUAAAACCA